AUGCUCUUGGAGCUAGAUGAGAUUCCACGUCGCUACAACUUCUAUGCCAGCCUGUUUACGUGGUUGAUCCUGGCUGGAUACAUUGUAUUCCCGGGCACGUUUACCUCUCUCAAAAGCUCCAAUUCGGUGCAAGAAGCGGCAAGCAAGACUCAUGCAGGAGAAAUUAUUCUAGACACCGUUCAGAAUGCCUCGCUCCUCUGGAUAGCAGGAGCUUGCUGUCUCUUCGGGGUCGUUGGCAUCGCUUUGCUCUGGAAAAGAUGGAAGAGGAACUACAUUUGGCCAACUUUGCUAAAUGCCAUUCUUGGUCUCGUCAACUCAUUGAUCAAUGUGUACACCGCAAAGGACGGGAACUGGUCUGUGACUGCAGCCAUUACGGUCACAAUAACGAGUUUUGAAAUUGAAACCGCGGAGGACGUCGACAAUUGCGGUCAAGAAUUUAGCAGAAUCUCUCGUGCGCUUCGCAAGGGUCCGAAAGACUUUGAAGAAUGCGAGGAUAUGCUCUGGGAUGCCGUGAACUACGGAUUAGCCUUGGUACGGUAUUGCCAUAAACUCCAAGGCAAGCAUACCUCGAAGCGUCCCCAAGAUGAGGUGAUUACUCUCAGCGACGGUGACAGCGACAGCGGCGGUGCAACCCUAACCUCGAAAAUCCCAGACGUGGCUGUCAACAAGAAACGUGCACGAAGGAAUAACACCGACAGUGAAGGCGAGGAUAAUUCAAAGCCUUCGAAAAAGGUGCGAAUGAACACGACCAAAAAGCGUACUCGAAAUAUGAUGGAAGACUCUAGUGACGACGGACAAACAGGGAGUUCUUCUAAGAAAGCUCGUCUGGGUGGACAGAAGGUGGAAGCUGCCGAAGUAUUUAAAGAACUCGAUGCGCUAUUAAAGACAACCGUAAAAGGAUCAAAGUAG